AUGAAUGAAGAAACGCCCUUUGAAGAUCGCCUCGUUGCCCGACAAGCACUUAUCACCCGUUUGGAGAGUCAACUGCGGGCCCUGGAAAACCGCUCAGCUCUUGUCAUCCAACAGCAGAAUCAGGUGUCUAGGCUUCUUCGGGACCAGCUGGACAAGCUGACAACCUUAACAGCUGACUUGUGCAAAGCAACGCCAAACCAAGGAAAACUCUUCCACCUGACGUCACCAGAGGGCAGGUACAGGUAUGACUGGGAUGAAGCUCAGCAGGCAUGCGCAGAGAAGGGAGCUGUCCUGGCGUCCUAUGACCAGCUGCACGAGGCCUGGCAGGCCGGGCUGGAGCGGUGCGACUGCGGAUGGCUGUCGGACGGGAAUGCGUACUAUCCCAUGUGGGAGCGCAAGUAA